UCUCUUUACAAACACAAAGAUUGAGACAGACGCGCCAAUGUCAGAGAGUGACAAAAGAGCUCAAAACGGAAGAGAAAAAAAAAAAAAGACAUUAAGAGAUAGCGACUUAUGUAAAUCUGUGCAGUUCAGAUGUGACGCGUGUCCGUUCGCCAGUUGUAUCCCAAGCCACCCUUUCCGCCAACCGCUUAACUGGAACAAUCGGUGCCCACAACGCUCCUCCUCGCUUUACCCUCACUGUUUCAACCGGCUACUUCCCUCUCCUCUCUUAUAUAAUCCCCUUCUCUGUCCCGCUCUGACUCGGUCUCCCUUCAAACUUCAACCUGGAAAAAAAAAAAAAGAAGAAGAAGAAAGAACCCCGAUAACACACCCAAAGAACCAAAAUUUCUUUUGCAUCCUUUUAAAUUUGAUUUCAUGGCUGUAACAAGCACAUCAAACAGAAAAGAAAUUGAUCGGAUCAAAGGUCCAUGGAGUCCCCAUGAAGAUGACUUGCUCCAGAAACUGGUUCAAAAACAUGGCCCCGGAAACUGGUCUUUGAUCAGCAAAUCAAUCCCGGGUCGAUCCGGGAAAUCCUGUCGGCUUCGAUGGUGCAACCAACUGUCACCGCAAGUUGAGCACCGGGCCUUCACUCCCGAGGAAAACGAGACCAUCAUCCGAGCUCAUGCCCGGAUCGGUAACAAGUGGGCCACCAUAGCUCGACUCCUCGACGGUCGUACCGACAACGCCAUUAAAAACCACUGGAACUCAACGCUAAAACGUAAGUGCUUGUCGGUUCGGGAAGAGUGUAAUUUUAUGACUAAUGGUGGGUAUGAUGGUAAUUUGGAAGGGGAGGAGAGACAACCGUUGAAAAGAUCGGUAAGUGUUGGGCUUUACAUGAGCCCAGGAAGCCCAUCGGGAUCCGAUAUGAGUGAUUCCAGUGUACUCGUUUUAUCAUCUUCACACGUGUACAAGCCCAUCCCGAGGACCGGUGGAGUUAACGUUAACGUCGACGUCGACGUCAAUGUUAUGCCAGCUGGAGUUGAAGCGGCGUCGUCCACUUCUAUCGAUCCCCCGACUUCACUGAGUCUGUCUUUACCGGGGGCCGAGUCAUGUGAGGUUUCAAUCAACCGGGUCACGGAGUCAACUCAGAUAAGGAACGAAGCGAAAAACGAAGGAAGGGGAGGUGGGGUGAUGGGGUUCAGUGCGGAGUUUAUGGCGGUGAUGCAAGAGAUGAUAAGGGUGGAGGUGAGAAAUUAUGUGGUGCAGAUGCAGCAACAAAACGGUGGCGUUUCCGGAGGGGAAAUGGAUAUGUGUUUGGAUGGGGGAUUUGGGAAUGUUAAUGGCUAUGAGCCGAGUUGCGGUGAGCAUGAUUGACUAAAGUUUUUUCAUGUUUAAUUGAGAAAAAAAAAAAGAAAAAGAAAAAACAAGGCUUUUGUUUUUCUUAAUAUGGGAAUUAGGCUGAGAAAAAUAAUUUUGGUUAAUGCACAGAGACAGAGAGAGAUUGGUUAAAAAGGGAAAAUGAGAAGGAAAAAAAUGGACUUUUUUUUAAUAACUUUUACCUGUUUAUUGCCAUGUUUUUAAGUAUAGAUUUCAGGGAACAAAGAAAAUGGAAGAAAAGUAAUGAGAAGCAAAGAGAAAAAAAAAAAAA